UGGAGUGAGAGGAGGGUGUCCCGGUCGCUCUUCCCUCUCAGCGAUGGCGCCGCGGUGCCGCGCCCAGUCUCCCGCCUGCCGGCCGGUACUCACAACUAUCGGGAGCCCGCUCAGACGGUGAAAAUUGGAGCGGGUCCGAGGGAGAGGCGGGAGGCUGCCUGCGAAGGGGACCAUGAGGAGCGGCGAGACCCGUGGGGUCGAUAGCGGGAACAGCUGCUGCACCUGCUGAGAGGAAAGAGGGAGCGGCCCGGCGCAGCUGCGGGGCUGGGACGCGGCGGAGGCUCGCCGGCGCCUCGGCCAUGUCGUUGCUCUGUGUGCGCGUUAAAAGAGCCAAGUUCCAGGGUUCACCAGACAAAUUUAACACAUAUGUGACCCUGAAAGUGCAAAAUGUGAAGAGCACAACUGUAGCAGUCCGUGGCGAUCAACCUUCCUGGGAACAAGAUUUUAUGUUUGAGAUUAGUCGUCUGGACCUGGGUCUAAGUGUGGAAGUAUGGAACAAAGGACUGAUCUGGGACACCAUGGUGGGGACUGUGUGGAUUGCACUGAAGACAAUUCGUCAGUCAGAUGAGGAAGGGCCUGGGGAAUGGUCCACGUUGGAGGCAGAGACAUUAAUGAAAGAUGAUGAGAUCUGUGGAACUAAAAACCCAACUCCCCAUAAAAUUUUGCUGGAUACAAGAUUUGAGUUGCCUUUUGAUAUCCCAGAGGAGGAAGCCAGAUAUUGGACCUACAAAUUGGAGCAAAUCAAUGCCUUGGGAACUGACAAUGAGUAUUCUAGUCAAGAAGAAAGCCAGAGGAAACCAUUGCCUACUGCUGCCGCCCAGUGUUCUUUUGAAGAUCCUGAUAGUGCCGUUGAUGACCGAGAUAGUGACUAUCGCAGUGAGGCCAGCAAUAGCAUCCCACCUCUUUACCAUACGACUUCCCAGCCCAAUGCUUCUGUGCACCAAUUCCCUGUGCCUGCGCGAUUGCCACAGCAGCUGCUGCUUCAGGGAAGUUCCCGGGACUCUUGCAAUGACUCUGUGCAAAGUUAUGACCUCGAUUAUCCAGAGCGGCGGGCCCUCAGCCCCACCAGCAGUAGUAGGUAUGGCUCCUCCUGUAAUGUGAGUCAAGGAAGCUCUCAGCUGAGUGAACUAGACCAGUGUCACGAACAAGAUGAUGACCGUCGGGAGAGGGACUUGAUUCAUUCCUGCCACAGCUCUGGCAGCUUCUCCAGAGACAGCCAAGUAGGUUUUGGAGAACAAGAGAAAGCCUUGGAGGUGGCACGUGAAGAGAAGGGAGGAGCAUGUGAACCCAAGGAGACGAAAGAAGAUGCUACAAACCCUCCACCCCCAGAUCUGGUGCUACACAGAGACCACGUCCUAGGCCCCCAGGAGAGUUUUCCCGAGGAGAGUGCAUCUUCACCAUUUACCCAAGCCAGAGCGCACUGGAUCCGAGCAGUUACCAAGGUUCGACUCCAGCUGCAGGAGAUUGCAGAUGAUGGGGAUACCUCUUUGCCCCAGUGGCUCCCAGAAGGGCCAGCUGGAGGGCUCUAUGGCAUUGACAGCAUGCCAGAUCUACGCAGAAAGAAGCCACUGCCACUUGUCAGCAAUCUGUCAUUGGUCCAGUCCCGGAAGGCAGGAAUUACUUCUGCAAUGGCUACACGUACCUCUCUCAAGGAUGAAGAGCUGAAAUCCCAUGUGUAUAAGAAAACCCUGCAGGCCUUAAUCUAUCCCAUCUCGUGCACCACACCCCACAACUUUGAGGUCUGGACGGCCACUACCCCAACCUACUGCUAUGAGUGUGAAGGCCUGCUCUGGGGCAUUGCCCGGCAGGGCAUGCGCUGCAGCGAGUGUGGAGUCAAGUGUCACGAGAAGUGCCAGGACCUGCUCAAUGCUGACUGCCUGCAGCGGGCUGCAGAAAAGAGCUCUAAACAUGGAGCGGAGGACCGGACACAGAACAUUAUCAUGGCCAUGAAGGACCGCAUGAAGAUCCGAGAGCGGAAUAAGCCGGAGAUCUUUGAAGUUAUCCGGGAUGUCUUCAAUGUGAGCAAAGUUGCCCAUGUGCAACAGAUGAAAACAGUGAAGCAGAGCGUGCUGGAUGGCACCUCCAAAUGGUCGGCCAAGAUUACCAUAACUGUGGUUUGUGCCCAGGGCCUACAAGCCAAGGACAAGACAGGAUCCAGUGACCCUUAUGUGACUGUGCAAGUGGGCAAAACCAAGAAGCGUACCAAGACCAUUUUUGGGAACCUGAAUCCUGUCUGGGAGGAGAAGUUCCAUUUUGAGUGCCACAACUCUUCUGACCGCAUUAAGGUACGUGUGUGGGAUGAGGAUGAUGACAUCAAGUCAAGAGUAAAGCAGCGGCUAAAGCGAGAGUCUGAUGAUUUCCUUGGCCAAACCAUCAUUGAGGUUCGAACACUGAGUGGCGAGAUGGACGUCUGGUACAACUUAGAGAAGAGGACAGACAAAUCAGCCGUCUCAGGGGCUAUCCGACUACAAAUCAAUGUGGAGAUCAAGGGGGAGGAGAAGGUAGCCCCGUAUCAUGUGCAGUAUACGUGUCUCCAUGAGAACCUCUUCCAUUACCUCACAGACAUUCAGGGCAGUGGAGGAGUCCACAUCCCUGAGGCUCGAGGAGACGAUGCAUGGAAGGUGUACUUUGAUGAGACUGCCCAAGAAAUUGUGGAUGAAUUUGCCAUGCGCUAUGGCAUCGAGUCCAUAUAUCAGGCUAUGACGCACUUUGCAUGUUUGUCAUCCAAGUACAUGUGUCCUGGUGUGCCAGCAGUGAUGAGCACCUUACUGGCCAACAUCAAUGCCUACUAUGCCCACACAACCGCCUCCACCAAUGUCUCUGCAUCUGAUCGUUUUGCAGCCUCCAACUUUGGGAAAGAGAGAUUUGUAAAACUACUGGACCAACUGCACAACUCACUGAGGAUUGACCUCUCUACAUACAGGAAUAAUUUCCCUGCUGGGAGCCCUGAGCGACUUCAGGACUUAAAGUCCACAGUGGAUUUGCUGACCAGCAUUACUUUCUUCAGAAUGAAGGUGCAAGAACUGCAGAGCCCUCCAAGAGCCAGCCAGGUGGUAAAGGAUUGUGUGAAAGCCUGUUUGAAUUCAACAUAUGAGUAUAUCUUCAACAACUGCCAUGACUUGUACAGCCGCCAGUACCAGCUGAAUCAGGAGCUACCUCCAGAGGAACAAGGGCCCAGCAUUAAGAACUUGGAUUUCUGGCCCAAACUCAUCACGCUUGUUGUGUCAAUCAUAGAGGAAGAUAAGAAUUCCUACACACUCGUUCUGAACCAGUUUCCUCAGGAGUUGAAUGUGGGAAAAGUCAGCGCAGAAGUGAUGUGGCAACUCUUUGCCCAAGACAUGAAAUAUGCACUGGAGGAGCAUGAGAAAGACCGGCUGUGUAAGAGUGCUGACUACAUGAACCUGCACUUCAAGGUGAAGUGGCUCCACAAUGAAUACAUGCGGGAUCUGCCUGCCCUCCAGGGGCAGGUGCCUGAGUACCCAGCGUGGUUUGAGCAGUUUGUCCUACAGUGGCUGGAUGAGAAUGAGGAUGUGUCCCUGGAAUUUCUGCGUGGGGCCUUGGAACGAGAUAAGAAGGAUGGGUUCCAGCAGACAUCAGAGCACGCACUCUUUUCCUGCUCUGUGGUGGACGUCUUCACACAGCUCAAUCAGAGCUUUGAGAUCAUCCGGAAGUUGGAAUGCCCAGACCCCAACAUCCUUGCCCACUACAUGAGGAGAUUUGCUAAGACCAUCGGGAAGGUGCUGAUGGAAUAUGCAGACAUCUUAUCAAAGAACUUCCCAGCUUAUUGCACAAAGGAGAAAAUGCCUUGCAUCCUGAUGAACAACAUGCAGCAACUGAGGGUCCAGCUGGAGAAAAUGUUUGAGGCCAUGGGAGGCAAGGAGUUGGACCCUGAAGCUGCAGACAGUCUGAAGGAGCUGCAGGUGAAACUGAAUACGGUUCUGGAUGAGCUCAGCAUGGUGUUUGGAAACAGUUUCCAGGUGCAGAUUGAUGAGUGUGUUCAACAAAUGGCUGACAUCCUGGGCCAGGUGCGGGGCCCAGGGAAUGCAUCCCCCAGCGCCCGGGCCUCAGUGACUCAAGAUGCAGAUAGUGUGCUCCGGCCCCUCAUGGACUUCCUGGAUGGCAACCUCACACUUUUUGCCACUGUGUGUGAGAAGACGGUCCUGAAGCGGGUACUGAAGGAGCUCUGGCGGGUGGUAAUGAAUACAAUGGAGAGGAUGAUUGUUCUGCCCCCACUUACUGACCAGACGGGCACCCAGUUGAUCUUCACUGCUGCCAAGGAGCUGAGCCACCUUUCCAAACUCAAGGACCACAUGGCGCGAGAGGAAACCCGGAGUCUCACUCCAAAGCAGUGUGCUGUCCUUGACCUCGCCCUGGACACCAUCAAGCAAUACUUUCAUGCAGGAGGCAAUGGGCUGAAGAAAACCUUCCUGGAGAAGAGCCCAGAUCUGCAGUCCCUACGCUAUGCCCUGUCUCUGUACACACAGACCACAGACACACUCAUCAAGACCUUUGUGCGCUCACAGACUGCCCAGGGGUCCGGUGUGGAUGAUCCUGUGGGAGAAGUCUCUAUUCAGGUGGACUUGUUUACACAUCCUGGAACUGGGGAGCACAAGGUCACAGUGAAAGUGGUGGCUGCCAAUGACCUCAAGUGGCAGACAGCCGGUAUGUUCCGGCCCUUUGUGGAAGUAACCAUGGUUGGCCCUCACCAAAGUGAUAAGAAGAGGAAGUUCACAACCAAGUCAAAAAGCAACAACUGGGCCCCCAAGUACAAUGAGACAUUUCACUUCCUCCUGGGAAAUGAAGAGGGGCCAGAAGCCUAUGAGUUGCAAAUAUGUGUGAAGGAUUACUGCUUUGCCCGGGAGGAUCGUGUUCUGGGGCUGGCUGUGAUGCCUCUGAGGGACGUGGCAGCCAAGGGCAGCUGUGCCUGUUGGUGCCCCUUGGGCCGGAAGAUCCACAUGGAUGAGACAGGCAUGACCAUUCUCCGCAUUCUGUCUCAGAGGAGCAAUGACGAAGUGGCCCGAGAGUUUGUGAAGCUCAAAUCGGAGUCUCGUUCCGUGGAGGAGGGGAGCUGAGCACCUAGGCUCCUGUGCCAACCAGAUGGCACCAGUUCCACAAGUCAGGGCUAAUGAGAGUUACUGUGUAUCUUAGGGUCCUCGUAGUCAAGAGGCUGACUCAUUCCAUUAAGGACGUUUAAGGAAAAGUUUGGGGUGAUGUGAGUAUGGCUUUGAACAGAAAGGGUCAUGAGUCCCUGCCCAGCAGGUCUGUGAUGCUGGGAGCUGGGCUGUGGGGGUUACUAGGCAGGGAGAUUUUCCACAGAGGGGUAUACGUUUCUGAGAGUGUCAGCCAUUCUUGGCAGAGGUUCUUCCACUCCCACAACCCUUCUCUACCCCUCUCCAUACCACACCUUAUCCAGUUAGAUCCGUACAUAGCAAUCAUUAGAAGAACAAGUUGAGAGGGCCUGGAGCUUUUGCCUAAUUAGGUAAGUAAUCAUUUGAGUAUUGCUGAGCCCUGUGGUCUGGAUUGGAGUAUGGCCAGGACAGGAGCACACAGAAUAGAACUCAGCCUGUCCCUUGAGCAGAAUCUACUGGGGUAGAGUAGCUCAAGUGAGUACAAGGCAUUGAAACUGAACCAGAAACCUUUCAGAAAUGAGCUCUGCUAACCCCUUGCCCAGAUUAUCUGUCAUGAGUAGAACCAGUUUCCCAUGGUGCUUCAGAGCCCUGAGCAGAAUUUCUUUGGAACCAGCGCCAGGUUCCAAGCACCAGGCGCCACCUGCCCAGGAGUCCCCCUACCUCACUCCUUUAGGAAGAGGAGUGAUGCUUCAGGACAUGAGAAGCUCUUCUUAAGUGUAUGCACCUGAGAGCUAGUUGAAGGAUCCAGGAGAGAGGACUGUAUUUUCUUCGUGAAAAAGCCCUGAACAAAGCCAAAAGUUGUGGAAAUCAAUCUAGAAAGAGUCCUCUUCACCUAUGGCCACUGCCUUCUGGCGGUCCUCCCUCUUGCAGAAAGAAUCCAGCCUUUGUCCUCACUCCCCUUCAUCUAGGUCAGCUGCAGUUCCCCUCAUAGACGUUCAACCCUACAAAAGGAACUUGGACCGUGAUGCCUCUGUACCAGCUGGAUGAAAGGGGGGGGGGCCUCAACACUCCCUGGGAGGUCAGAGACAAACUUUUUCCAGAGGGUCAUGGGGACUUCCCAGGCCCCUUGCUCAGAGAAGGGCCUUCGAUAACCUCAGUAGCAGCCUCUUGGACUUCCUGAGGACUCUGCAUUGUCCAUUGGCCAUUACAUGAAAUAAGAAACUAGGAAUCUUUGCUGUUUUAAAUUAUUGUAUGUGCCAUUGUUACAAGAGAUUAUUGGCUAGUCUGUAAUAAAUUAUCUUGUAGCA